UCCACCAGGGAUGCUUCUCGGAGCUCGGUGUGGAAAAGCAAAGUUGGAGUGUGCUCAGAGACUUCGUCCUGUCUAGCGGCUUCACUGGUGACUCUCGUUUUUUUAAAGUGGAUUCGUAGCAUACUUUUAUGAAUUAAAUUUUGCCACCGUUUGUACAGAAGCCAAAUCACACGUGUGUUUUGAAACACGGUUCCAAAUAGAUCCAUCCCUCAACACGGAUUCUCGCUAGGAAGAGCCGGAGGGAGAACGCUCAGUGUCUGAAAGAGACCUGAUUUUACUGUUUUACGGACAUUAUCUGCUGCAGAAAUGUUGCUGUAGGUUGCUUUAUAGCGGUUCAGCAAGAAGGGAGAUUUUCCAGCUUGCAGGACCGAGGAAACUGGAUGCUUAAAGUCACUUAAAUGUUUUAACAGCAUUGGAAAAUGGGAGCUGCUACUAAGUUGGCGUUCGCUGUUUUUCUUAUCUCUUGUUCUUCAGGUGCCAUACUCGGCAGAUCAGAAACGCAAGAGUGCAUCUACUACAACGCUAACUGGGAAAAGGAUAAAACAAAUCGCAGUGGUAUUGAACCUUGUUAUGGUGAUAAAGACAAAAGACGACACUGUUUCGCUACGUGGAAGAAUAUUUCUGGAUCAAUUGAAAUUGUGAAGCAAGGUUGCUGGCUCGAUGACAUCAAUUGUUAUGACAGGAAUGAUUGCAUAGAGAAGAAAGACAGCCCUGAAGUGUUUUUCUGUUGUUGCGAAGGCAACAUGUGCAAUGAACGCUUCUUCUAUUUUCCAGAAAUGGAGGUCACGCAGCCCACUUCCAAUCCUGUUACACCGAAGCCACCUCUGUUCAAUACCUUGCUAUAUUCAUUGGUGCCUAUAAUGGGAAUUGCAGUGAUUGUGCUCUUUUCAUUUUGGAUGUACAGACACCACAAGCUCGCGUAUCCUCCAGUACUUGUUCCAACCCAACACGCCUUUCAUAUAAUGAUUGAGGAUCCUGGACCACCACCACCCUCCCCGUUGAUGGGUCUGAAGCCAUUGCAGUUACUGGAGAUCAAGGCCAGGGGAAGGUUUGGUUGUGUGUGGAAAGCCCAGCUGCUGAAUGAGUAUGUUGCGGUCAAAAUAUUCCCUAUCCAGGACAAACAGUCGUGGCAGAACGAGUAUGAGAUCUACAGCUUACCUGGAAUGAAGCACGACAACAUUCUGCAGUUCAUUGGGGCAGAGAAGCGGGGCACCAGCAUCGACGUCGAUCUCUGGUUAAUCACUGCCUUUCAUGAGAAGGGUUCAUUAACGGACUUCCUCAAGGCUAACGUGGUUUCUUGGAAUGAGCUGUGUCACAUCGCUCAGACAAUGGCCAGAGGCUUAGCUUACCUUCACGAGGACAUCCCAGGGCUGAAGGAUGGACACAAACCUGCCAUCUCCCACAGAGACAUCAAAAGCAAGAACGUGCUGCUGAAGAACAACCUAACAGCCUGCAUUGCUGAUUUCGGUCUAGCUUUAAAGUUUGAGGCUGGAAAGUCUGCGGGAGAUACACACGGACAGGUCGGCACGCGAAGGUACAUGGCUCCUGAGGUACUAGAAGGUGCUAUCAACUUCCAAAGGGAUGCGUUUUUGAGGAUAGAUAUGUACGCCAUGGGAUUGGUCCUCUGGGAGCUGGCGUCACGCUGUACUGCCUCAGAUGGCCCAGUAGAUGAGUACAUGUUGCCAUUUGAAGAAGAAAUUGGGCAGCAUCCCUCCCUCGAAGACAUGCAGGAAGUCGUGGUUCAUAAAAAGAAGAGACCCGUUUUACGAGAGUGCUGGCAGAAACACGCUGGAAUGGCGAUGCUUUGUGAAACAAUAGAGGAGUGUUGGGAUCACGACGCGGAGGCCAGGUUGUCCGCGGGCUGCGUAGAAGAACGGAUUAUUCAGAUGCAAAAACUAACUAACAUUAUAACGACAGAGGACAUUGUGACGGUGGUCACGAUGGUGACAAACGUUGACUUUCCUCCCAAAGAAUCCAGUCUAUGAUAGUUGCACUGGUCACGUCACUGACUGCCAGGACUCUUCACUGGAGCUGCUAACGCGCACGGGACUGCUGACGGCAUUACUGGUUCCGCCUGGACAGGACGGUAAGUCUCUGGAACAUCAGCAAGAGGUGUUUCUCCUUUAUUUCCCCCUCCUGAAUGUUGGAUCCGUGAGACUUUUUGCAUUCCCUGCUGCCACCUGAAGACUGAGACCCGACUCGGUGCUGUCGAGGAGCUGAAAUGCAGAACACGGACCUGCGGUGGCUAACGCGGCGUUUUAAAAACUGACAGCAGAUUUGUUAAUCCCCGUCGGAAAAGACUAAUUCCUUACAUGAACUACUGGUAUUUUUUUUAAAUCAAAACAUUUCAUUUCAGAUUUAAAAAGACAAAAAAAGGGUAACUUUUGUUUUUAUUGCAUUUGCCGUUGUUUAUAAAGAUGACUAUUGUAAUGCCAAUAUGACACAGCUUGUGAAUGUUCAGUGUGCUGCUGUUCGGUGUACAUAAACAAAAGUAAUCGAGUGGGAUCUAGCAAAGAGGCUUCCAAGUAUUACCUAACCUCCCUCAACAAGGAUACCUCAGCUCCACCUCUCCUAAAUUAUGAGAUUGACAACACUAAUUGGAAUAAUAAAUCGAUCCGUGUUUUGUAAAUGAUGUAUUUCAAAGUCACUGUGUUAUUUAAGAAGGGUAAGCUAUGCUUCAUGCCAACCGUCGACGGCCGUUCCCAAAGCAGUGUUUUUAGCCUUUUCUUGUACCAGCUUGUUGUGUAUAAAACAAAAAGUGUUUAUGGAAACAUUUCCCCUCCCGUUUUAGUUUAAAGCUUUCCUCUUCCCUCCAUUCCCCAGAAUCUGUCAUCCAUUUAUUUAACGGGAUACUAUUUAGGUUUGCUGUGUCUGAGGAGUAUUUGAAACCUUACGCAUGACUUUGUUUAAUUUUCUGUGAGCUGUGACACUGGAAAGCUCUGAAUCCUUGUUCUUUUUUUGUUAAAGGCGUCUUUUUUUCCUAUUUAUGUUUGUGAAGAGGUCCGCCUCGCCCGUUUCUGUUUCACUGCGCAGUGGGCUCUGCGUCACUGCUUCAGGAUCACCUCAGGAAGCUCAGUUACUCCCGAUUCCUCAUUUCUCUGCUUCGAGAUUCGCAGCCUCCUGCUCAAAGCUCGGUGCCAGCCCACCCGCAGCACAACGCGAUGACGUGGGUCCAUCCCAGAGUCGGAUGGAAAAUUCCAGCCGUGAUUUCAGAUGAUCAAUGCUUUUCCAAAUUUCAGGGAUAAUUCAGUUAUGCUUACAACGUAAAAUAUGCAAUGAUGAAUUAGAGGUAACGAAUACCGGUGUCCGCAGUGGACUCCCCAGAAGUGAGGGAAAACGUGGGAAUUGCUUUCACAACUCCAACUCUCUUAGACGUCAGGAAGUCCAUGCCUUAGAGUGAGAUCACAGGUAGGCAGGAGCCGAAGCACUGCUCGGAAGUACUGCUUCACUCAGUUUAUUCAACCCCUUCACAGAAACUUCCAAGUAAAAUAGAUUCUCUCACCCUCUGGAGUGUGGAACGGACACAGCUCAUGGAGCGCAGUGGGUCACGGUGCUAUGUUUGCUUUUUUCACACCAUGCACUCGGUGUCUUUGAAGGAAGCUUUUAGCGUUGCAGUUCGCAGCUCAGCGCGAGUGUUCUCUUUCAACUGUGUGGGAUUAACCUCUGGGAACAAUGGGAGACUCUGCAGAUCAGAGUCCUGGGUCAGUGCUCCUGGCAGGCGUGGGAGGAAAGGCCCGGUGUCCAUCACGUUGGAGCCCAAGGUUUCAGGUCCCCACUGCUGAGGCCCUGCCGAGGCCCUUAGUGCUGUGGGGCGCAACUCGUGGUGUUCAGCUCGGCUGUACAAAGAAAAACAUCUCCCUCAUGGCCACUCUUUUGAUUGACACUGUCGUCUUGCUUCCAUUUGUAAUGUAUGGAUGUUGUUUUGUGCAAACAUCGGGACAGGAACGCAGCUGCCGAGUGCUGAACAAACAGGAGUGCGUUUGCACUUUGCUGAAGGCCUCUGUGCUCCCAGGGAGUUUUUAGCCCCUUUGCUAGCAAAAACGGAGUGAGGGCGGAUGAGUUCCUAGUGCAUCACUUGGGAUCUGGUCCCAGGAUGGGAUGUGUGGCACCAUGCAGCACCGCUGUGCUGUUAUGCUGAACUCCAGCACCACGAUCCUGCCCCGUGUCCCUGGCCCUCACGGUGGGAGAGCCCAGAGAACUCCCUUCGGAUUUUAAAGCUGCCUUUGGGGAUCUCUGAUUGUUUUAAUACAGUUCCCUCUUUUUUUUAACAGUGUAAUUUAGUGUCACCAUGGAAAGGACGUUCAGAGUCUCGGUGCCAUUUAAUUGGUAAUGAUCGUACCCCGAGCUGCUCCGUACAACCGUUCUCACAGGGCAUUCCUGUGCCGGUGUCUGUUUUCCCUCUGGAGCAGUCACUGCAGGAGUGUUGCCACCUGAGCCCGUGGCACUGCGAGGGCAGCGCUCGGUGACAUUGGUGAAAUAUCGUGGUGGUUCUUGCUAGCAGGCAGCGAGCAGUGUCCGUGGCGAUGUGAUCCCAGCUCGGAGGGGCUCCCUGCUCUGCGGUUUGUGAGGAGCAGCGAAGCACUGGCUCCUCACGUUCCACACCAUUUCCUGCAGGGAUGGCUGCACAUUGGCCACAGGAUGGAUGCGUGAGCCCUGCUUUAGUGUUUACAUGGCAUUAGAGUGCACGAAGUUUCCGCAUCCCCUCCCGUGUGCUUCCACGGGCCGUGGGGUUCCCAAGCAGGGACAGUGCCUCGCAGGUGCUGGAGUUGUGAACUUGCGCUGUUGGUCCUGGUGGGCUCUGAAACUGCACCCGAGGAGUGAAAUCUGUCGGAGGUUUUAGGAAGCUGGUGUCACUUCCCAAAUACCCGCUUUCAGAGCGCUGAACCUUAACCUGGUGCUACCACCACCUCUCCCAUUCAGACUGGCGCUCGAUGGAAUAAGUAGGGGCACCCAUUUGCUCUCUUUCCAGCUUCUCUUUCUUAAUGCAUUCACUUCUCUUGCCAACACCCGGUACGAAGUGCCGAAAGCUGCAGCGUGUGUUCACGGGCAAAGUGAUUCCAGUAGCAUCCUUGACGGAACAUCAUUUACCUCAGAUACUUAACCAGCAGUACUUUGUUUUUUUUCCCCCCUUCAUUUUCUGGUUUUAUGCCCUUCCAGCCCAUUUCUCUUUGUUACCUCUCACGGUUCGGUAAGCAAUUCCUUUGACGUCACUCUCUGUCUCUGUCAGUGUUGGGCACAGGUUGCUGUACUACUGUCCAAGGGUACCCGCUGCUUUCCUGCGAGUACCGAAAACAAACCAACCCCCCCUCACCCUGAAUCAAGUGAUUGUUAAAUAUUGUACAAAUACAAAUGUAUACGCGCUCCCCUCGCCCCGAAAACGUUACAAUAAAAAAUGUGACUACUCUGACUGCCGUCUGCCUCUUUGGGGCUGGUGACACCAGGAGCAGGGAGCGGUGCUUUUCUGCCACCGCUGCUGCGAUUCAAAAGCUGCAGGCAAGGUUUGUAGCUGCAAAACGAGAAGGGAAAGACCUCUUGGUUUGAAUUUGGCAGGGAGCAAAGGCAGAACACGUAGGUCCAGCAAUUCUGCUGGUAAGCUCUGUUCUCCUGUCCUUCCGUGUCGCCAAGGGACAUGUCCCAGAGCUGCACCUGUAACCAAGGCACUCCUCCGCCUCGUGCCACUGGCUGCUGCCCCCAUGGGAAGGUUCCAGGGGUGUUUAAGUAAUUCCACACCAAUAUUCCUGUUCUGGGGACCGGCUGAGGCCCAGGGCUGGCUGUUCCUCUCCCUGGCCAGGCAAAGCCCCCCUUCCACUGCAGCUGUAGGUGGGAGGAGAGCAGGCCUGUCCUGCAGGAGUGGUGGCUGCUUGGUGGCCUUUCCCUGCCCCGAGUGCGGUGGGGCUCCCCGCAAGGGGAGAGGAGUGCGCUCCUGCUCCACACGCACUCCCCGGACACAGUAACUCGGGCCUUUCACUUGAACAGCUGCAGCCCCAACUUCUCACCCUGCAGCGAGAACUCUGCAGAGCUGACGGCAGCUCUGAGAUGGCGAGAGCAGCAUUCCCUGUGCAGGGAGAUGUUUCCCCUGCUCUCUGCUGGGAUAAACCACGCCUCAAGCACUGCCCCUUCCUGCAGAGGGCACAGCUGGAGAACCUGGACAGAAGGUGGGUUGUACUCUGCUCUGAAAACCCCUGCCCAGCUGAAGCUCACCGGGAUUAAAGGUUUCAUGGGGUAAAUGUUCUAUGUCAAGUCAAAUUUGAAGAAAAAGUACACAAAGUCUGAGCUUUAACCUGCCUUAGAGAUGGAUCCGUGAUCUGAACUUACU